CACACACUUUUUUCCCGUACACAUUCGCACCAGCUGUGCCGUUGUCAGUCUUGGAAUGUAAGCACUGCCGCGAGGAGUCAGAUUCUCCGCCGCUAAGCACUGCUAAGGAGUAGGAACACAGCACCGUGCACUCACACACACAGAUGGAUGCUAAGCUGUGAAAAUCAGAAGGGAUCUGAAGGGCAUCAAAGAAAGGAAUACAAUGUCUGUUCUGAUGACACUGCCUUCCAGUGUUCAUCCAAUCACAAGCUCAUUACCAUAAUUCAGAAGUCAUCCAGGACAUUUCCCAAGUCGACUGGAUACCAUGAUAACCAACCGGGUUCUACUCCUCUUAAUGCUCCCUGUGCUGUGGCCCAGUACCAGUACCGCCCUGCCUUUCACACCUGGGAAUAUUGGGAAUCUGUUUGGGAUGCCAGAAAGUGACGGGAAGAUUCUUCAGCGAUCCAAGCGGGGAUGGAUGUGGAAUCAAUUCUUUCUGCUCGAGGAAUACGGAGGAAAUGACCAUCAAUACGUCGGCAAGCUGCACUCCAAUAUGGACAAAGGUGACGGAAAUGUGAAGUACGUCCUGACUGGAGACGGAGCCGGCACCUUGUUCCUGAUUGACGAAAAGUCUGGGGAUAUUCACGCCACCAAGAGACUGGAUAGGGAGGAGAAAGCUAUGUACACACUCCACGCCAAAGUUCUGGACAGGAACACCAACGCAGAGCUGGAGCCGGACACUGAGUUUAAUAUAAAGAUCCACGACAUUAAUGAUAACGCGCCGAGGUUUGCGAAGGAAGUCUACUUUGCAAGUGUUCCGGAAAUGUCAGAAGUUGGUACAUCUGUUGUCACUGUAACUGCCACUGAUGCCGAUGAUCAAACAUAUGGGAACAGCGCCAAGCUUGUGUAUAGCAUUCUACAGGGACAGCCGUAUUUCUCUGUGGAUUCUGAAAACGGCACUAUUAAGACCGCUCUGCCUGGCAUGGACAGGGAAGUCAAGGAGAACUAUCAGGUUGUAAUCCAAGCCAAAGACAUGGCUGGACAGAUGGGCGGGCUCUCAGGAACUACAACAGUCAGCAUCACCCUCACAGAUGUGAACGACAGCCCGCCGCGCUUCGCCAACCAUUCGUUCCGUGUGACCGCCGUGGAGUCGACAGAGAUCGGAGGCGCCAUCGGACGGAUCCGGGCUGACGAUCCGGAUAUCGGACGCAACGCCGAGAUGGAGUACACUAUCGUUGGAGGCCAUGACAUAUUCAAUAUCAUCACAGAUCAAACCACACAGGAGGGGGUCAUCAUAAUUAAAAAGGCGCUGGAUUAUGAAAGUAAGAGGGACUACGAGUUCAGAGUGGAGGUGAAAAACACCUACUUAGACGCCAGAUUCAUCCACGGUUUACAGUUUAAGGACUACGCCACGGUCAAGGUAACGGUAGAGGAUGUGGACGAGCCCCCCAUCUUUUCCAGAAACCCGUACAUCAUCGAGGUGCACGAGGACACGGCUGCCGGCAGCUUCGUCGGCGUGGUGUCGGCCAGGGAUCCAGACGCCGACAACAAGGCGGUCAAAUACUCCAUCGAUCGGCAUACGGAUCUGGAGAGGCUGUUCCACAUCGACUUGGUGAAUGGCACAAUAACAACACUGAAAUCACUCGACAGAGAAAUGUCCAAAUGGCACAACAUCUCAGUGGUGGCUACGGAAAUAAAUAACCCACGUCAGACAACUCGAGUGCCUGUUUUCAUCAAAGUUUUGGAUGUAAAUGACAACGCACCUGAAUUUGCAAUGUCCUACGACACCUUUGUUUGUGAGAAUGUCAAAGCAGGACAGCUUAUACAGACGAUAAGUGCCGUCGACACAGAUGAACCUCUCGUCGGACACAAGUUUGUGUUUAGUAUAAGUGCGAGCAACCCAAACUUCACUAUUGUCGACAAGGAAGAUAACACUGCCAAUAUCCUGACACGGAGGGGAGGAUUCAGCCGGCGUGAGAUGAGCAUGUACUUCCUGCCUGUAGUGAUCUCAGACAACGACUACCCCAUUCAGAGCAGCACUAGUACGCUGAUCGUGCGCGUCUGUGCUUGUGACAGCCGUGGAAACAUGCAGUCGUGUAACCCCGAGGUCCUACCGUUCUCAGAUGGUCUCACAACUGGAGCCCUGGUGGCCAUCUUGCUCUGUGUUAUUAUCCUCCUCAUGAUUGUGGUGCUGUUUGCUGCCCUGAGGAGACAGAGGAAGAAGGAGCCUCUGAUCAUCUCCAAAGAGGAUGUCAGAGACAACGUUGUCAGCUACAACGAUGAAGGGGGUGGAGAGGAGGACACUCAGGCCUUUGAUAUCGGCACGCUGCGUAACCCAGAGGUGAUGGAUGCUAACAAGCUACGCAGGGACAUCAUACCCGAAAUGCUGUUUCCCUUUCGGAGGACAUCACCUAUAAAGGAUAACACGGAUGUCAGAGACUUCAUUAAUGGGAGGCUUCAAGAGAACGACUCAGAUCCCACAGCGCCCCCCUAUGACUCCCUGGCCACGUACGCUUACGAGGGCAGUGGGUCGCUGGCGGAAUCCCUCAGUUCACUUGAAUCUGCCGCCACCGAAGGGGACCAGGAUUACGAUUACCUCAGCAACUGGGGACCACAGUUCAAAAAGCUGGCGGAAAUGUACAUAGGAAAAAGCCCCGACAGAGAAACCUAGACGCCGCCACGGGAGUCUUUACCAAGCCCAUUUUUUUCCCUUCUGUCUGUUCUAUCUAGCUAGCUAGCUAGCCAGACAGCAAUUUGUCUAGUUAGUUUUACUGGCCAGCUAGUUGGCUGUCUGUCUACCUAUCUAUCUAUCAAUCUAUCUAUUUGUUGAUCCGUCUAGUUUGCUAGCUUACCCCGCUAGUUGACUACUUGUCUAUUUGAUUCUCAUACAUAUUUGCGUGCUAGCACACAGCACAUACAUACAAACAAACAAACACACGCAAUCAUCACAGAAAACAAAUUCCUUCAAUCCAACGGUGGAUGUCGAGUAGGAAACGAAGACUUGAACUUCUCAUUUACAGAGAUACAGUAUAAUUCUCCAAGUUUUACUGUUUUUUGGUCAUAAUCAGUAAAGAUGCCUUUGACUUUUAGGAUUUUUUGUGAACAAUGGUGUGGAUAAUGUGUUUUGUAAUUGACCUGAGAGAUAGUAGUAUUGUAUACUAUCAAUGUUUAAUGGCACUGGACUGGGUGGGGUUAGGGAAGGAGUGAAGCGGCUUUUCAUGCCAACUCCAUUAAAUACCGUACAUGUACAAAGUGUUUUUAAUGAUGGACAUCCUAUAUACUAUUUGCUAUCUUUGUUUGACCAUGUGAAUGGUAGGUGCAGUUUAUUUGUCAAACUGUGAAUUCAUUUCAUCAUAUAGGUGUAAUAUGUAAUGGAAAGUGUAUGUUGUAGGAAAACUGUCAUACACUGGAUUCAUGCUGUUUGAAUGCGGAGUCAUAUUGUUUUAUAUUUAUAUUUUUAUACUUAUUUUCUUAAUAAAAUUGUGAAAAAAGCUA